AAAGAAUAAGAUAAAAAUGGAACCACGCCACAAAAUGGUGACGCCAACAAUUUUGGCCUCAGUGAUGAAGUCCCAUAUACAUCAAAGCGGUGUUUAUGGAUCUACCUUCCUUCUCUUUCUCGACAACAAAUCUUUUUUCCCCCUAAAUCAAUCCUUCUGUAAACACCUCCUCACAUCAUCCCUUACAUUACAACCUUACCCAAAUCCAAAACCCAACAACAAAACAAAUUUCAACCGAUUUUUAAAAGCACUGAAUUUCAUAAUUUGACUCUUUCUUCGUCUUUUUUUCUCAAUUUCCCACCUCCUUAUUUUCUAAUUAUAUCAUCAUCAUCUUCUUUUUCAUCAUCAUUUCCUCAUUAUCAUAGAAUUAAAAAAAACCGUUAUUAUUUAUGCUUUGGACCGCCGCCAUUAUCAACACUGUAAUAAACUCCUCAAUUUUCAAGGCACCCAUUUCUUAAAUUUGGUCGGAUUUUCAGGAACUAUUGUUCAAUAGUCGGUUGUUUGAUUACAACAGCUCGAAUAAUGUUACUGUUAAAUCUUUUCCUCGUGUUCAGGGUUUUCUUCCAGCAAGAUUUAUUUAUUUGCUUCAACAGUUCCUUCAUUUCCCGCUAAAUUUAUUCCAGUUUUUUCAUUUCAUUUGAUUUUUCUGGUGAUUUUAACAACUGGGUUUUGAAGAUUUCCUGUGAUUAUUAUCUGGGCAACUUUGGAUUCAUAGGAUUUUCUCAUCUUGUGUCUGACUUUGAACAUCAGUUGACUAAGGUCUUCGUUUUGAAGUAGUUGAAUUUCAAUUUGCAAGUUUGUGAACAAUUUUGGAAGUCAUUUUUGGCGGAUUACGUGCCUGGUUUAAUUUGGUGUUAAUGGACGAAUAUAUUGUAGACUUCAGCUGUGGAAGAGAAAAUUUUGGUGGUGUCUACUUUAUGUAUGUUUUGUCUUAGUCUUGUUAUUUUAGCAGGUAAUUUUGUUAGUUAUUUUCAUGGAAUACUCCUUUUCUCCUAAGGAAAAAGGAGAUAGUUUUUGGGGUUCUACAAGUCCUCAAUCAGAUAUCCCUAUGGCGGUUAAUGGCGAAACAAUGAAUUCGGCUGAAGAUCAUCAGUUCGUAAACAUUUCAGACAUGAUGAGUUUGGAUGGUUAUGGUGGAUGGUGCAACAGCCCCUCUUCAAAUGACCAGUUGUUAGCAUCUUAUGUGUUAUCAUCUCUUCCAUUUAUGCCCUCAAAUUAUGCUGCUUAUGAUCAACUUAGUUUUGCUGAAAAUGCCAAUUCUGCAUUUCCGAUGAAUGACAGCGGGUGCAGUACUCUGAAUGUGUUUGGAAGUCCUCUCAAUCAUGUAGAUAAAAUGGUGUUCCCACAUAAAGAUGCACAGCUUAGUCCUCAAGUAGGUUCAUCAGAGGAUAAUGAUUUUUCUUCGAAACAAGGGAACAUAUUUAUGCUGUCGCAGAAUAGAAUUCCUCAGCCUCUAGGGCUUUCACUGCCUGAGAGGAUGCUUCGUAUGUUAUCAUUAUUUAAAGAGUCAUCUGGGGGAGGGAUUUUGGCUCAAGUGUGGGUUCCUAUUAGAUCUGGAGAUCACUAUAUAUUGAGCACGUGUGAGCAGCCGUACUUGCUUGAUCAAAUGCUGCUAGGUUAUCGCGAAGUAUCCAGGUCAUAUACUUUCUCUACUGAACUUUGCCCGGGCUCUUUUCCAGGGCUUCCUGGGCGUGUAUUUAUUUCCAAGUUACCAGAGUGGACAUCAAAUGUAAGUUAUUAUAGUUCUGCUGAAUACUUAAGAGUUAAACAUGCUCUUGAUCAUGAAGUUCGUGGAUCUGUUGCAUUACCGAUAUUUUCUCCUGAUGAAAACUCAUGUGUUGCUGUGUUGGAGCUUGUCACUGUAAGAGAAAAAUCCAACUUUGAUACAGAGAUGGAAUCUGUUUGCCAUGCUCUUGAGGCAGUAAAUUUGAGAACAGCUACACCUCCUCGGCUUCUUCAUCAGCGCCUCUCAUUAAACCAGAGGACUGCCUUGACAGAAAUAACUGAUGUGUUAAGAGCUGUGUGCCAUGCACACAGAUUGCCUUUGGCUCUUACAUGGAUCCCCUGCACUUUUGAGGAGGAAGAUGGUGAAAAAAGGUUUAGUGUAUAUGUUCAAGAUAAUAUUUUAAAUCUGAAUGAAAAGUCUUUAUUGUGCAUUGAAGAGACUGCUUGCUAUGUGAUUGAUAAAGAAAUGCAAGGAUUUGUCACUGCAUGUGUAGAACAUUGUCUUGAAGAAGGACAAGGUGUUGCUGGAAAAGCCCUUCAAUCAAAUCUUCCAUUCUUCUUCCCUGACAUCAAAAAUUACCAUAUUAGUGAAUAUCCACUCGUCCAACAUGCCCGGAAGUUUGGGCUGGGUGCUGCUGUUGCAAUUAGACUAAGGAGCACUUAUACUGGGAAUGCUGAUUACAUAUUGGAGUUCUUUCUGCCUCUUAAUAUUAAAGGGAAUAAGGAGCAGCAGCUAUUGUUGGAUAGCCUUGCUGGUACCAUGCAAAGAAUAUGCAAGAGCUUAAGGACUGUUACAGAUGCAGAACUGGUAGGUUCUCCGGAUUCUAAAGUUGAAAAUCCUGAAGCAUCACCAAGCUUUUUUCCAAGAGAUCUACCACAGUUAUUUGCUCAAAGCGGAUCAAUUGGAACUGAGCAGAUAUCUUUUGAUUCCCCUAGCAUAAUAAAUGAUCAUAUCAAAGAAGAUGGCCAUUCUGAGAAGGCAAGUGGUUCUAGAAGACCAAUGGAGAAAAAGCGAAGUACAGCAGAGAAAACCGUAAGCCUAAGUGUAUUGCAGCAGUACUUUUCUGGAAGCCUGAAGGAUGCUGCAAAAAGCAUUGGUGUUUGCCCAACCACAUUAAAAAGGAUAUGCAGACAGCAUGGUAUCUCAAGAUGGCCUUCACGGAAGAUAAACAAGGUGAAUCGUUCACUGAGGAAAAUCCAAACUGUUCUUGAUUCUGUUGAGGGAGUAGAAGGGGGAUUGAAGUUUGAUCCUAUGACAGGGGAGCUUGUGGCAGCAGGAUCCGUCAUACAGGAGCUUGAUGCUCGGAAUAAUCUAUUUUUGCCCGGCAAAAUUUUACCUGUUAGAAAGUGUGAAACUGUUAUGCAAGAUGAAAUGUGCUUCCCUUCCAAAUGUCUAGUCGGAGAAAUUCCUGCUGUUAAGCUGGAGAAUGAUUCCUGUGCAAUUGGACAACAAAAAAAAUCAAUUACAUCAAGUGAUUGUAUUGAAGAGGUACGGAAGUCUGAUUUAGACAUUGGAUCACUUCAUCUUAGGGAUCACAGUCAAUACCGUCAUUUUGUUUCCCAGAACCCUGGAUGUACAGUUGCUCCAGAUGAGAUGGAAAGUGACGACGGAGUGACUGAGCACAAUCAGGCUACUUCUUCAGGCAUGACAGACUCGUCAAAUGCUUCUGGGUCCAUGUCUAGCUCACCUAACAGUAAUCAUAAGCGGAGACAAUCCGAAGAUAAAAUGAGCCAUGAAGAUGGUGGAUCACGAAUCGCAAUUAAAGCCACCUAUAAGGAAGAUACAGUCCGAUUUAAAUUUGAGCUCAGUGCCGGAUGUCUUCACCUGUAUGAAGAAGUUGCAAAUCGAUUUAAGAUCCAGCUAGGAACCUUCCAGCUCAAGUAUCUUGAUGAUGAAGAGGAAUGGGUGAUGCUAGUAAGUGACUCUGAUUUACAAGAGUGUCUAGAAAUAAUGGAAUAUCUUGGGAAAAACAGCAUCAAGUUUCUCGUUCGUGAUUUGACUUGCAGUAUGGGCAGUUCAGGUGGUAGCAAUUAUUUCAUACCUGGAAGUUGCUAGGUAGCACUAUGAGUUACUCAAAAUUUCAACUGAAACUCUUGGCUUCUUCAAAGUUCGAGAAAUGGGUCAUGGAUAGACAAUCAACCUGGUGGCUGCAAAUGUGAAACAUACUAUUGGCCUUCCAGAUUGACGGCGACUUACAAAUACAGUAGAUAUAGGUUUGUACAGUAGAUUUAGUAGCUUAUGGAUGUGUUAGUGAAGUAGAGUAAGGCACUACCUCUUCGUAGAGAUUGUUUGAGCAUGUCUUUGUUCAACGUUUGUAUAGAAAACUUUCUUUCAAGUUCUGACUUGAGUCGAUCCAAAAUCAAGUUUUGAAGCUGUUGAUUUAUUGUGUUGUUUCCUGCCAGAUUGAAAUCCUCUACUAUUGAAAUGAGUUCUGGAAACAACUUUGAAUCAGAUGACUGAUGGUUUGUGAA